UGCUCCACAUUUCUUCCGGCCAUGAGAGUGUGCUGCAGCCAUACCCAUAGCCAUACCCAUUUCUUUUUUUUUACCAGCGUCACGUUUGCCGCAAUCAACAUGAUGGCCACGUCACAGGAUUACUUCAAUCCAUACGCCCUGUUCCGCGGCCCACCCACCACUCUGCGGCCGCGCGAAUCUCCGCUAGGCGUUGGACAUGCCCAUGCCCACAGCCACAGCCAUAUCCAUGGACAUGCUCAUGCUCACGGCCAUAGCCAUGCACACGGCCAUGGCCAUGGCCAUGCCCACAGCGGACAUGGCUAUGCGGCACUCGAUUUGCAGACGCCGCACAAGCGCAACAUCGAGACAGAUGUGCGGGCACCGCCGCCGCCAUUGCCGCCGCCACCGCUGCCGCCCACAUCGCCGAGGUAAGCCUCCCCACCCCCUCCAGCCAAGGGGAUUAAGCGGAGAGAGGGGCGCGAGACGAGCAAUGAGACAUGAAGUGAAAAAACCCCCAACCCCAAAUGCAUAUCAUCCGCAACACAUCAAAUGAAGACCCCCCCCCUAUCCACCCCACCCCACCAGCACUUCUCUGCUAUGUCUUCAAUCAACC